AGCCUCUGCCGUCGCCAUGACCCGCGGUAAGCAGCGUGAGCUCGCCCGCCAGAAGAAUAUGAAAAAGCAGAGCAACUCGGUUAAGGGAAAGCGCCGAGAUGACGGGCUUUCUGCUGCCGCCCGCACGCAGAGGGACUCGGAGAUCAUGCAGCAGAAGCAGAAAAAGGCAAACGAGAAGAAGGAGGAAUCCAAGUAGCUUUGUGGCUUCGUGUCCAACCCUCAUGCCCUUCGCCUGUGUGCCUGGAGCCAGUCCCACCACGCUCGCGUUUUCUCCUGUAGUGCUCACAGGUCCCAGCACCGAUGGCAUUCCCUUUGCCCUGAGUCUGCAGC